UUUUGUUCAUGGCUUCCUCUGAUCUGAGCGGUGAGGAGUACCUAGAGUCUCUGGGGAUCUCGCUUGACGAGGUCAACCUUACGGCGGACGCUAAAACUCACGCCUCCGUAACAGGCAUCUUCGCCCAGGAUCCUUACAUUAAAUUGGAUGUGGCUGAGAAUUCUAUGUCCGAAAUCCCGAUCGAGAUAUUGGAUCUGAGCCACCCGGUCGGGGCAAUCAUCAAUCCGUCCCGUCUGGGUUACUUGAGGCAUUUUGAUGCUGGCCGAAAUAGUCACAAGGAGUUGCUGGGUGCUUGGCCGGGAGAGGAUGGUGGGCACUUACUAACCACUUUUCAUUUUUUCUUGCGGGUGAGAUGA